AUGGGUCCCGCAACGACUUUAUGGACAGAGGCGAAGAUAGAUUUCACAGUCACGCGAGAAUUUGUGCUGAAGCAUGUGGACCCCAUCCUCCAUCAGCGCCUGAAUAGUAAAAUCGUGUUUGGUGAAGGAUUGACGGACGACACAUACAUCGACUGGAUCUUACAACGAGGUCGCAGGCUCUUUUUAAUUUUGGUGGAAAUCGAAGUCCCGAGCCGUAUCUUUCGCCUCGUGGAUGAAACCUACGAUGAUUCAGAUCUACCCUUUGACUCCGACAAGGCCGAGCUCCUUCGACUUUCUCCCGAUCGUGAGGACCUUUUCUUAAACUGGAAAUUUGUUGAGGCCCAAAAUCGUUUUUUGGCCAGAGGUAUUGAAUCAGGGCAGCAUAUUUCUUAUGAUGAGGAUGAAACUAUACCAGUUGAGGUCUGCAAGGAGCGGCCUCCUGUUGUGCUUUCAGACAGGCUACCUGUUGAAAAGGUUUCGCUUCCUGGUGUCGAGAUCAAGGAAUACCUCCGGUUGAAGAUCACGAUUGGCGAGGAUACAGCAUCUCACUUUCUAAGUGAGUCAGAGGUCUUGAGAGAAGUCAGGUCGUUAGAGCGUUUCUCUCACGACCACAUUCUUUCAAUAUUCGGCACAUACUCGGUGAACAACACAGUCAAUGUCCUAUUUCAACUUCCCGAAUGCACUUUACGAUCAUUUAUCAAUGAAAGGUCGACGUCAGCACUCAGGAAAUUCUCAAAAUUAGAACAGAAGCGAUGGCUUGUGAACUGGCCAAACUGUCUAGCCAAUGGACUGGCUUGGUUGCAUGAUCAGGGCUACGCUCAUGGGGCUAUUCGGCCGUCAAAUAUCUUAAUCAAUGCCAAAAUGCACAUAUCUCUCGGGCUUUUCGACGUUCAUGACCUGCUGGUAGGGUUAAGGAAAGAAGAGUUUGCUGAAGCGUACGAGUACGCUGCGCCAGAACAAUGGUCGAACCAACAUUGUGCCUGGCAACAGCCUCCUGCUGGCACAAGGAAUGUCCUUACACGUACUGAUAAUCUCUCAUUUUCUCCCAUAACACCACAGAAAUCUUCCUACGACUCUAGAGGCAGGCUUACCUCCUGGGGGUCCUCCUCUGACUUCUCGAGCAUAGAUUUUGGUUCUACUCAACCACAUUGCCAAAUUAAACAGUCCGGCGGCAUAAUUGGAAGUCUUCGCUCCUUUGACAUGAGUGUGGAGAGCGAUAUACCGAUACCUCCUAUGCCAGCGUUCCCCGAGGAUUACAGUUGCUACGUCAGUGAUGAUAAGGGCAGUACGCAUAGCAAUAAGCUUCCUAACAAUACCUAUAAUGAUUCCACCACGCAGCUGGGCAGAGCAGAGACCGACUCGUUUACCGAUCUCAGCAACGGUUCUAUUUCCCUUUACAUGGACGACACUAUCACUUGUUCCUCCUCCAUAUACAGUGCUCCAUUAAAUAUAGCUACCCCUACAACUCCUGCGCCACCGAACUUUCCGCGGCCCUGGAAUGUGCACAUAGUCAAUAACGGAGGUGAAUUUGACGACAAGAAUAUGCACUCUGCCAAUAUAUCUACGGAGAUAAUCGAUGAGAUGAUGGAAGACAUGCACGUCCAAGGUGAAAAAGGACUUCCACCGCUCCCGGUCCCCACAUCUCAUCCUUGGUAUGUACCCAGCCGGGUAUCAUCAUUAUUCAACAAUAAUAAACCCUUACCAUCUCACACAUCCACGCCACUGCAACACUCCUAUCCCGAUAGACCAUUUGAAGACAGCGGUUUAGGGAGCAAGCCAACGGUACCACCUCGGCAUCCCAAUCGCCCUCGUGCCAACACUAGCCCAAACCGGGACUCUGUGUCAACCCCUAGGAGUGCUCCUGAUGAUACCAAUAUCUGGAGGAGGAGCAACAGUAGCUUUGGCAGCAACAAUGGUGGUAACAGCGACAAUAUAUCCCCAGUUGAGGGAAUAACUGGAAGAUUUUCGCUGCUGACUUCCUCACGACCUUCUACAAGCUAUGGUUCUUCAGUCUCGGGUCUCAGUUUUAAGAAGAAGGCUUUCAUGAACUUUUCUCGCAACCGAACUGGUCUUAGAACCCCCCCACCGGUUUGA